UUGUUGGCAGGUGGCGGCUGCGGCCGGUCCUUUCCGACCAGGUGCUUCUCUGAGGAAGAUGGCGGCCGCCGCGCGGCUGGGGCCGGUAACGGAUGAGCUGGCCUUACUGGAGAAGGCGCUGGGCCUGCAGAGCGGGAACAAGUACGGCGCCCAGGGGGAGCGGCAGGUUCCUGUUCUGCAGACAAACAACGGUCCUGGUCUGACAGGAUUAGUUACCAUAGCUUCAUACUUAGUUAAACAGGCUAAGAAAGAGCAACUGCUUGGAAGUUCUGCAGAGGAGAAAGCAGUGGUUCAUCAGUGGUUGGAAUACAGAGUGACUCAAGUAGGCAGACAAUCUAGUAGAGAAGAUACCAGAACAGUUCUGAAGGAUCUUAAUGCGCACCUUGAAGAUAAAGUCUACCUUGCAGGAAACAGUUUCACCUUAGCAGAUAUUUUGAUGUACUACGGAUUGCAUCAUGUUAUGGUGGACCUCACUGUGCAAGAAAAGGAGAUUUACCUUAAUGUAUCUCGCUGGUUCAACCACAUUCAGCAUUAUCCAGGUGUCCGACAACAUCUGACUAAUGUCGUCUUUAUCAAGAACAGAUUAUAUACUAAUGCUCAUUAAGGAGAAUUUUAAUACUGUGUCAGAGUGGUAUUUGGGAGUCUAGAAGUUGCAUUGUCCAAAACCACUGCCUUGCAAAUACUGGUUUGUAAGCUUCUCUAUGUGAACCAAAACUGGUGAUGCCUCAAGUAAUACAGUUCCAUUGAAUUGUUAUUCUUUGUUCAAGAAUUUGAACUGGCUACAGAAUUUUAUCAUGUAUCUGAUUAAAUGCAACAAUGGCAGAAAGAUGGGAAUUGAGUUUUAAUUCACUAUUUUUUAAAGAUGAAAUGUUCUUUUAGUUAAGCGUUCAACUGUAAUUACAUGGUCUUUGUAGGAGAGAAUUACUUCUUUUCCUUUGACUACACACUCAUUUUACUAUUUAUUGAGUUUCUGCGUAUGUCCCUCUUUUCAUUUUAUUUUCCAUGAAUGUUUACACUAGUUUUGUAAAAGUUAAGAGCUAUAUUGUGUGCCAAUGAUGUGAAAAAGGGAACAUGAAAAUGUUACAAAGUAUUUAUGUGACUGAAUAAAUUAUUUUAAAACUGUAGUCUUAAUUUGGCUGUGGAAGUCUGUAGUUUAUUAAAAAAAAAUAAAAGUUCACAUGCUACUUCAUUUUAUGGACUUUGAUGUAGAAUCCAGAAGCAUUUUCUUUCACAAUAUUUAGCAAUAUUAGCAUUUAUCACUUAUUUAUUAGCAUUUAUGACAAUAGUCAACAAUAUUAGCAUUUAUCGAGAUUCUGCAUAUGCUGUCAUUUCAUGUUAUUUCCACAGAAGAAAGACUGCACAUUUCAGGGUCCUAAAAAAGAUGGGGAAGGAGGUACUUGAGAUAAUGAUGUGCUGCUCUUCCACUCUCGCUUCUUGUUUUUAAAAGUUUGCUUUAAAACCAAAGAGACUGUUGUCAGUUGAAACAUGUUGUUGGGUCACUGUGCCACAGAACACGGUGGGCAUAAGGUGUUUGUUUUGGUGUUGAGGUGUUUGUUUGCCCAAACAGCUGCUGUGUUGAAGUGUCAGGAUUUCUCUACGUUGCUACAUGCUUUGACUUCAGUAUCCUAGCCUCUUAUUUUCUCUGAUGUAAAACAGAAGUGUAGAUUGCUGCUGAAAUAAUUAAAUAAAAAAUAAAAACCAAGCAUGAAAUGUUUAGAAGGGAUUAGUAAAAUCUGGAUCUGUGCUGACAGAAGUACAUUUGGUGACUGUCAUAUGCUAGCUCAAGCAUUUCAGUUUUCACUCCCCUAUGUAGAUUAGUUGAUAAGUGGAAUAGAGAGUUAAAAGCAAAGAAAGAUGAAUUGAGACAUUUUGCUUCAGAGAGAACACUGAGAAAACCAGAUGGUAUUGAUUUCCUCCAUGCUACCUCUUUCUGUCUAAUACCUUUUGAUCUUAGACACUGAGUAUGUAAUAAAAUUAAUGAAAGUAAAUAUGAAAACGUACCUUGGCCUAAAGUUGUUUGAGGUAGGUUUUUAAGAUGAAGCUUCAUGUUGUUUACCACUGAGUUGUAACGUGCUUCAGCUCUGUCAGAUGAAUGCUGACGCUCCACCUAAAGAGAGCGUGGGUAAGCACUCAUGCUAUUGUGGGGGUUUUGUUUUGUUUUCUUAAAUAACAACAAAAACAACCCUUGCUAGUCUA